AUGACCUGUGCCUGCCCCACCCACUACCAGCUGGCCAAGGACGGGGUCUCCUGCAAGAACUACAUCAUCUGCAGCCAGAGGCACAGCUUUGGCCGACUGCUGCCGAACACGACAGACUGCUCGAAUGUGCCGCUGCCAGUCAUCAAGCGUUCUCUGACAAAUGGCACAAAGGUGAGCCUCUUGGCCAACUCCGGACAGCCGUUCGACAUUGCAAUCGACAUCAUUGGGCGGCUGCUCUUCUGGACCUGCUCCUACUCCAACAGCAUUAACGUGACAAGCUUCCUGGGUGAAUCCGUAGGCGUCAACGAUACCGGAGAUUCGGAGAAGCCUCGCAACAUUGCCGUGCAUGCCAUGAAGCGUUUGCUCUUCUGGACAGAUGUCAGCAGCCAUCAGGCCAUCAUUCGGGCCCGAUUCGAAGGCAAUGAGCGUGUGGAGCUGGCCUACAAGCUGGAAGGAGUCACGGCGCUGUCCCUGGACCAACAGUCCGACUACAACAGUCUACUAUGCCCAUGGCAAGUGAAUCAAUGUGAUAGACCUUAAAGGAAAGAACAAGUAAGCAACCUAGGAGGCCUAGGGUUUUUGGGGUCCGCCGAAAAUUAGGCACCGUCUAACGAGAGGCAAGACAAAUUCUCUUUAACAGUCGGCCAAGAGGGCCUGGGAUCAGAGAGUGGGUCAGAGCCAGGUCAGACUUCCUCGUCGAAAGGAGAGCGAGUUCGAAGUCGAAGUCGGACAAGAUGAAAGGCUAUAAAUAGAUGGCAUGGGACGCCAUUGCGGGAUUCCAAGCCUGGUCGACAGCAUUGGAUUUUGUUCACCAAGUGUCCUCUAUAGUGGCAGCCGUAUUUGAAUAUUCAAAAAAAAAAAAAAAGGAGAAAAAACCAUCUAAAU